CGAUACAUAGCAGGUGCAUGUAUGGUUAAUCGGGUUGAAAACAUUACAACAUGGCGGAAGGUUGUGAUAGCCAACCUGAAACACCCGUCUGGAGCAAAGACAUCUUUUGCAGGUACUAUCUCCAUGGUGUGUGUCGCGAGGGCGACAGUUGCCGCUACUCCCAUGACCGGUCCGCCCAAGCCUCCAUGGUAUGCCGCUUCUAUCUCAAAGGAAACUGCACCUAUGGAGACAAAUGCAGAUACGACCAUGUAAAACCACAAAAAAAUGCCUCGAAACCCCAACCUUCCAACAAGAUCUCAUCCAACGACGUUAAUCCCAAGUCAGCUGUAAGCAACUCCCACAAGCCACCGCCAGUCAGCAGCUCUUGUAAUGCUGACUUCAAGAGUAACAUGGUGUCUCUGAAGAAGGGCGUGGCACCCAGUUCUCAACCUCAGGUGACCUUAUCCUCCCUGGGUAAACCAGCAGAGGAGUGGGUCAAAGCUAAAGAAUUUGUCCCAGGGCAGCCCUACGAGGGUGCAGUUCCAAGUUCCUAUGCCAAAGCAGCCAAGGUAGGCAAGCCCGAUGAAGAAGAGACCCUACCCACAGAAGAUAGUUUGUAUGAAGCAACAGACAAUUCGAAGCUGCUGUGCCCCUUUGCUGCCCACGGAGAGUGUUGGUAUGGCGACAACUGCGAGUACCUCCAUGGCAAUAUCUGUGACCUAUGUGGCCUUGCUGUCCUUCACCCUGACGAACCUGAGCAGCAGGAACAACACAGGAAGGAGUGUAUAGAGCGCCAUGAAAAGGACAUGGAGUUGUCAUUUGCAAUUGCUCGCAGUAAAGAUAAAGCAUGCGGUAUAUGUAUGGAUGUGGUGGUGGAGAAGAACCCAAUCAGUGAGCGGCGCUUCGGAAUUCUGCCAGGCUGUAGUCACUGCUUCUGUCUCUCCUGUAUACGCAAGUGGAGGUGUGCCAAGCAAUUUGAAAAUAAAAUAAUCAGAGCCUGUCCUGAGUGCCGGGUGCAGUCCGACUUUGUCACACCCAGCCAGUAUUGGUAUGAGACCAAAGAGGACAAGGAGAAACUAAUUGAAGGUUAUAAGGGUGCAUUAAGUUCAAAACCAUGUCGGUAUUUCGAUCAGGGAAGAGGCGAAUGUCCUUUUAACGAAAAGUGCUUUUACCUUCACGCAUAUCCGGACGGGCGGAUAGCAGAACCCCAGCCCCGGAAGGUCCGGAGGCGGAGGAACGCAGACGGGGAGACGGACAUUGUUAGGCGGAUCAGUUUGUGGGACUUCUUCGAGGAGAGGGACAUGCGACACAAUUUAUGGAUCCUGGAAGAGGAGUUCUUGUCUCACCUUCUACUAGAUAUAAUGUUGGAUAGUGAUUCCAGUAGUGAUUCUGAUGACUUGUGGUAGCUUUUGAUUGGUCAGAGACUGGCAUGUCGUGUUCUAAUUGGCUAAUUUAUUUGGACGCACUAACUACACUUGCAGGGAUUGAUUUUGGCCCCUGUUCAGAUCAGGGUGAUUGAAUUAUGUGAGAGUCCACUUUCGUUUGUUUUUAGCGGAUAGAAUCCGCUACUCUGGAACAGGGGUGACAGUGUAGUUGCUAGGAUAAUAUUCUGACUCAACAUUAGACUGCUAUCAGCCUUCAAUAACAAAUAAACCAUUUUCGUACAA